AUGAGGCCCGGAGCCGAGUUCUUCGCCGUGAGCCACCUGGCGGGGGCGCCGACGGUGGCGCCGGCGCACGGGCUGAUCAACGGGACGGUGGCGCCACACUCGCCGUGGCAGUCGCCGGUGCCGUACCUCUUCGGCGGGCUGGCGGCCAUGCUGGGGCUCAUCGCCUUCGCGCUGCUCAUCCUCGCCUGCUCCUACUGGAAGCUCUCCGGGUACCUCGACGGCGACCGGGACGGCCAGGCGACGGGGGACGCCGACGGGGAGAAGGCCUCGGCGUCGGGCGCGGCCAGGCCGGCCAUGGAUUUCCUGGAGCACGUGGUGGUCAUCAUGGCCGGCGACGAGCGGCCCACGUUCCUCGCCAAGCCGGCCGCCAGCCGGGCUGCCGAGGUGGAGCUCGCAACCGCGGCCGCGGCAGCGAGCGCGCUCGCGGGCGGCGAGGGGCAAGAGAAGAAGGCGGACGAGCAGGGCAGCGAGGCGAGCUCGCAUCUCGGCGCUGACUCGGCGAGCCCGAGCCGUGAUCACCACGACGCGACGAGCCGGAGCCACGUCCAUGACCCAGACGCGGCGGGCCAGAGCCUCGACCACCACCACCAUGACCAAGACGCGGCGAGCCAGAGCAGCAGCACGACGGCCCUGCAAGAAAGCUCGCAAUAA